AUGAGUAAAACGAGAUUACCAUCUCAUAUGGAGCGUACUACAUACCUCGAAAAAACUCCCCUUGUUGAAAUGAAACAGAUCAUAUUGGCACCAAUUCGUUCAAGAGAGCCAAUUUCUAAUCCACAACUGAAUCAAAUUAACAACGGACUAACUAGUAAAACGCUCAUAUUACAUAGAGAGAAAAGUACUAGGGCCAGAAAAUCAAUCAAAUUACCAUCGAUUAUUUCACAAACAUCCACUUCAACAUAUAAAGUACCUAGAACAAAAGAAUCAAUAUCUGACACAAAAUACAAUCAUGAUGUUACUAAACAUAGAUUACCGUUAAUCUUACCGAAACAUCCUACGAACAAAAUAUUAAUCCAUAAGCAAGAUCCACCAGCAAAAUUAAUUACGAAAAAAGAUCCAAUACCAGUUACAUCCGAAAAUUUUACUCAAGCACAAUCACAAAGUGGAGAUUGUACAGUACGAUCACAAGUUCAUUUUGUUUCUCCGUUUAGACUUAUUUGGUUAGAUGCAAAUAUGAUGACGCUUAGUGAAGAUCAUAGCGAUCAAAUUAAUCAACUUCAAGAAGUUGUUGAUCAAAUAAAUAUUUUUAUCGAUUGUCAACGGUGUAUUAAUUUUCUUCAAAAGAAAACAAAUGAAAAAUUAUUUUUAAUUGUAUCAAAUAUUCUAAGCCAAUCAAUGAUACCUCAUAUUCAUGAUUUAUCUCAUCUUCAAAAUAUCUUCAUAUUUACUGAAAUUAUUCCAAAAAAUAAACAAUGGAUAAAAAAUUGGCCAAAGAUUAAAGGUAUUUUUCAUAACAUUGAAAGUAUUCAUCAACAUCUACAGCAAGAAAUUCAACGAUGCCUUAGAGAAUCCAUUGCAAUUAGUAAUUCAAGUAUUAAUUUGGAUCGCAUUGACCCAUCAUUUAUGUAUACACAAUUAUUAAAAGAAAUACUUCUUCAUAUAGAAAAUGAUCAUACAGCUAUGAAAGAAUUAAUUGAAUUCUUUCGAAAAAGUCAUUGUCAUAUACAACAAAGAAUGAAAAUUAUUGAUGAAUUCGAACAAGAUUAUUAUAAACAUACACCUGUUUGGUGGUAUACACGAGGUUGUUUUAUUUAUGAUAUGAUCAAUAGUGCAUUACGAUCACAAGAUGUUAGUGUUAUUAUUCAUACAAGAUUUUUUAUACGAGAUCUUCAUACACAAAUUAAGCAAUUGUAUAAAUUACCAACUGAUACAAUGAUUCUUUAUCGUGGUCAAGGACUUUCAUAUGGUGAUUUCCAACAAAUACGUACAUUAGUAGGUGGUCUUUAUUCAUUUCAUCAAUUUUUAUCAGCUACUUAUGAUCGAGCUGUAGCGUUAUUAUUUGCUGAAAGUUCUCGAGAAGAUCCUAAUUUGAUUGGUAUUCUUUUUCAUAUAAAUAUUGAUCCUGCUGCGAUUGAAUCUCAUUUUUUUGCUUCAUUAGAAAAUGAAAGUUGUUUCAAGAAAGAAAAUGAAUAUUUAUUUACUAUGCAUACUGUUUUUCGAAUUGGUGAAAUAAAACAACUUGAAGAUCGAUUAUGGCAAGUCGAACUUUCAUUGACACGUGAAGAUGAUAAUGAUUUAAGAACACUUACAGAACAAAUUCGAGAAGUAACAUACGGUUCAACAGGAUGGAAUCGACUCGGAAAAUUAUUUUUAAAAAUAGGAAAAUUAGAUAAAGCUGAAGAAAUCUUCAAAAUUCUUAUAAAAAAUUCCUCGGAAGAUAAUUUAGAUGAACUUGCUCAUUAUUAUCAUCUAAUGGGAACAAUUAAAGAAAAUCAAAAUAAUUAUAUCGAAGCACUUGAUUUCUAUCUUAAAACUGCAAAAAUUUAUCAAUCAGCAUCCAAUUCACAUCAUUUCGAUUCCGCUACACUUUACAAUAAAAUUGGUUCAAUAUAUCAACGAAAUAAAGAAUAUUCAAAAGCAUUAGAAUUUCAUCAAAUGGCAAAAGAUGUACAAGAAAAGUCUAAACCUCCCAAUAUCACAGAAUUAGGAAUAACGUAUGGUAAUUUAGCUGUAGUUUAUAAAAAUCUUGGAUCUGGAAUCGAAGCAUUACACUAUUAUGAAGAAGAAUUAAAAAUUCAUAAAAAAUCUGUUCCGUUUAAAUAUAUAGAUUUAGCUAUGACAUAUGAAAAUAUUGCUGAAAUGUAUUACAAUAUGAAAGAAUAUUUAAAAGCAUUAGAUUUAUUUCGAAAAGUAUCUAAUAUUCGACAAUAUUGUCUUCGUCAUGAUAAUACAGAAUUAGCUAUUAGUUAUAAUAAUAUUGGUAAAGUACAUGAAAAAAUGGGAAACGAUUUAAUAGCAAUUACACAAUGUCAACUUGCACGAGAUAUUUUAAGAAAAUCUAUUCCAAUGAAUUAUUCAGAAUUAGCCAAGAUUUGUAAUAGAAUUGCUGAAUUAUAUAGAAAAAUAGAACAACCUUCGAAAGCACUUGAAUUUUAUGAAGAAACAUUAAGAAAUUUAGAUAGAUCUUCUCAUUUCAAUGAAAUCAAUUUAGCAGCUACACAUGAUAAUAUUGGUCAGAUGUAUGAGAAAAUAGAUAGAUUUAAAGAAGCAUUCUUGUCAUAUAGAAAAGCUAUUCAAAUGGAAAAACAAUCAAUGAUAUCAAAUGAAUCUCAACUUCAAUUAUAUCAAAAACAUUUUCACAAUGUUGGCGAAAAGUUAAAAAUGAAUCUAGACAGUUAUAAUCACAAUCAUGUUUAA